AUGGAAUAUUUGGACGAUUCAGGGUCUCCAGACCUAUUAUAUCAUGAACAAACUGAAAUUGGUACUAGACGUCAGAGGAAGAGUUCCAAGUUUACCAUGGGUAAAUAUACUAUUUAUGAGACUGCUGAGAGGAUGUAUAUCGUUGGGAGCAACAAACGAGAGAGUAUGUUUAGAAUAUUGGAAAUCGAUUUAACUAUACCUUCAGAUCGGUUAAAUGUAUUGGAAGACAAUGUCUUCUUUACAAGAGGUGAAAUUAUGAAUGUUUUAGCUGGAUUAGAACUUGUAAGUGGUGAAGGGUUGACCAAGAAAUUGACAGGUGAAGGUUUACUUGGGUUUAUAAGGUUCACGUCGUGUUAUUAUUUAGUCGUGAUAACAAAAUGCAGUAAAGUGGCAGUAAUAGGUGGACAUUAUAUAUAUCAUAUCGAUGAAACUGAGCUAGUUCCAGUUUGUAAAAAUUACAAAAAACCUGAUAAAUAUUCUAAUGAGGCACGUUUAAUGACAACUUUCCAAAAUUUAGAUUUGACUAAAACUUUUUAUUUUAGUUAUACUUAUGAUAUCACAAAUACUUUACAAACAAAUUUGUUAAGAGAGAAGUUAGUAGCUGUAGCUAGAGAAGACGUCACAAUACCUGCUGGUAUAUCUGAUUAUAAUGAAAUGUUUGUCUGGAAUGCCUAUCUUUUAUCGCCAGUGCUGUCAUGCAUCGACACUGUCUUUGAUUGGUUUCAAGUAACAUUGCAUGGAUUUAUAGAUCAAGUCAAUGUUUCAAUCUUAGGGAAAAGCAUAUACAUUACACUGAUAGCUAGAAGAUCACAUCAUUUUGCUGGUGCUAGAUUCUUGAAGAGAGGUGUCAACACACGGGGUUACGUUGCAAAUGAAGUAGAAACUGAACAAAUCGUGUCAGAUAUGAUUCUUACACCAUUCCAUCAACCUGGAAACGGAUAUUUUGAUAGUGAUAGAUAUACUUCUUUCGUUCAACAUAGAGGGUCGAUACCUCUGUAUUGGACUCAAGAUGCUUCGAAUUUAGCCACUAAACCACCUAUCGAGAUUAAUAUAGUCGACCCGUACUUUUGCUCAGCUUCCCUUCAUUUUGAUAUGUUGUACCAACGUUACGGUGGUGGUAACAUACAAGUAUUAAACUUAAUUAAAACUAGAGAGAAAGUUGCUAGAGAAAUAAAACUUUUGAAGGAAUUUGAACAGUGCAUUGCAUAUUUGAAUAAUUUUUUACCAAUUGACAAGAAAAUAGAAUAUACUUCUUGGGAUAUGAGUAGGGCUUCAAAACAAGAUGGGCAGCGUGUUAUCGAAUUUUUAGAGAGAUAUGCCCUAGAGUCUGUUACAAAGACUGGAUUGUUUCAUAAUGGAUUUGAUUUUAAUAGUACAAGAAUCCAAGAAGGCAUUUGUAGGACUAACUGCAUUGACUGCUUAGAUAGAACAAAUGCCGCACAGUUUAUCAUUGGUAAAAGGGCAUUAGGAGAACAGUUGAAGGCAUUAGGUAUAAUUGAUGACAGUAACUUGGAGUAUGACUCCGAUAUUGUUAAUAUUCUAACAGAAUUAUUUCAUGACUUAGGGGAUACAAUUGCAUUACAAUAUGGUGGUUCUCAUUUGGUUAAUACGAUGGAAACUUAUAGAAAGAUCAACCAAUGGAGAUCCCAUUCAAGAGACAUGAUAGAGAGCAUUAAAAGAUUUUACAGCAAUUCAUUUGUUGAUGCCCAGCGACAAGACGCCAUUAAUUUGUUUUUAGGCCAUUAUGUUUGGAAAGAAGGGCGUCCUAAUUUAUGGGAAAUGAAUACAGAUUUUUACCUUCACAAUGAUGCCCUGGCAAUUUCAAAGAGAAGUUAUACACAUUGGUGGAACAACUAUCAUAUUUACAGUUUACGAACAUUUUUGAAAGAGCAGAUAAUCGAUUUGGGAAAUGAUGUUACAUAUGACAAUAUUGUGCGUAAUGUUCGUGGAUAUCCUGAUGCGUUUGAUAAUUAUUGGAAUGAGUACUAUGCUCCGCGCUGUCUAACAUUCAUGCAAGAUCUAUUUGCCUAUAAUAUGAAUUCUACUCGAUUAUAUCACACUUCUAAGAUUCGUAGCCAAGCAAUUUCACCAUUUGCAUCACGAAAGCAAGGUUCGAUUAACAGUAAAUUAAGAAAUAUAUCGUCUGAGUUCUACAAAGAAAAAGAAAAAUUAAAACGUCCACAACUCUCCAAGAAAACAGUUUUUAAUGGUAAGGAUGAAUUAGAAUUAGUGGAAAACAAUUUAAAAGACACUGUUAGCACUAGAAAUUGGAUAAAGAAAACUUUAGAUUCAUGCAUGACGGAUUCAGUUCCAAUAAUUCUUAGAGAUAGACUUAAAUUACCAUAUGCGGGAGCAAGUGAUAUUAACGAAACAGAUUCCGCCAACAUAACCUUGUCGAACAUCCCGAUCGAUAAGACAUACCAUUCAAGUCAUUACGAGCAUUUAUCAGCUGACGUUGGGUAUUAUAAGAAGAUUAUACAGGUCAACAACUAUAAGCCUAAUUAUUCUAACAAAAUUCAUUCAGAUCUUGAUAGAAUAGAAGUAGAUGCUAAUGAUAUAUCUAUAUAUCAAGAAGCGCUGAGCGUUGGUGAUAGAAAUUUGAUAUUCAUUUAA